AUGGCAGCACACCCGAAGAAGGCUCAGAAAUCAACGGCGAAGACGAUGCCUGCGAAGCUAGCCGUCUUGUUCCGAGGUAAACCUUUGUGCCGAUUCCACCGUUGGGUUAUAGACCUGUUUUCUGACCCCGGCUUCUACAGUUCCAGUCCCAUUUCGAGAGUCCUGAGGAGUUUCCCUCGCUUUCUGCACCGCUCAUCCGGCCAUGGCGGAGCCCGUGGCCAACACUCUCGCGAUUUCGCUGGCUACUCAGAUCCUCGUAGGGUGAAGCGCAACUGCGUCUCUCAGGCCCUUCUCGAGCUUGUUACUACUUUCCGAGCCAUCCUGGGAUACUCGUGGCUCAAUAGCCUCCUCGUGUUCGUCCCGUUGGCCAUUGCCAGCUACCUGGCUCGUGCGAACCACAUUCUGGUUUUCACCGCCAAUGUCAUCGCCGUGGUUCCGCUAUCGAGCUUGCUCACCUGCGCGACGGAGAACAUUGCACGGGAAUCGGGCGACGUCGUUGGCGCUCUGCUCAACGUGACGUUUGGAAACCUGGUCGAGAUUGUGAUCUUUGCCGCCCUUUAUCACAAUCAAUAUGAGGUGGUGCAAGCCUCUCUUCUGGGGUCGAUUCUCGUGAACCUCCUGCUCAUCCUAGGGAUAGCAAUUCUGGCUGGAAGUUUUUGUCAUCAAGAGCAGUCUCACAGCAAAGAGGAUGCGCAAGCUCUGGCUUGCCUCCUCAGUGUAUCUGUCUUCAGUUUGCUCAUACCAAGUGCUCUUGUCCACUCUUUUGACGAUCUGAAGUCAGCUGGAGCCGCCGUGUUGACUUUGAGUCGGGCGUCUUCCUUGACCUUGUUGGCAAUAUAUUUACUCUAUAUCUUCCUGCAGAUCAAGAAGACUAUUGUCAGCAGACCAUUGAUCCGCGUCGUGAGCUCGAACGGCAUGAAUGGCUCUGCAAGGACGAGUGGAGACAUGGCUGCUUCCAAUUCAUUGCUAAUUCCACGCUCGAUUCGAUUUCAAGACGAGGAGGCGGCUAGAGGCCAUAUCACUAAGCCCCCAACCCGAAAAGAUAGCUUGGAGAUGUCUGCGUUGGACGAUUCAGGACAGUCCCAGCUCGGAUCUGACGACGCCAACGGUCAGCUAAACUUCGAAGAAUCCGAAGGGGAUGAAGACGCCGAGACACCAGGACAGGGUUGGAAGGCCUCUUCUGACAAGAGACGCAAUCUGAGAAGUUCCAUCUACCAAUUUCCUUCCCGGAUACGAGGAUCGGAUUCUGGCACUUCAAGUCAGCGGCAUAUAAGUCCUACCGGCUCGCAGCCCGUGCGGUCACAUCGCUCGUCCUACGCAGGCUCAACCUCCAGUCUGCCACGCCUGCUGUUGGGAAACUCCGUCGGAAACGCCGAUAGCCCAAGUGAUAUCGAGACGCUAGAGGAUUCGCCUUUGGUUAUUGGGAAGCUAGCUUCCAGCUUACUGCUCGUUAUAUCGUCCUUGCUUGUUGCUAUCUGUGCCGAUUUCCUUGUGAACACGCUUGACGAUAUCGUCGAGUCAGGGCCGUUCUCCGAAGCAUUCAUCGGGCUUAUCAUACUCCCAGUUGCUGGUAACUGCGCAGAGCUCAUCACCGCGACUGCGGUUGCCACUAAAGGCAAGUUCGACCUUGCGAUUGGCGUCUCUGUUGGUUCAUCCGUCCAGAUCUCCCUGUUCGUGACACCUCUCGUCGUCAUUGCUGGCUGGGCUCUCAACAAAGACAUGACCAUGUAUUUCGGCAUCUUCGAGACUGUGGCGCUCUUCGCAACAACCUUCUUGGUGAAUGUGCUCAUUCUUUAUGGCAAGUCGAACUUCUUGGAAGGAAGCCUGCUCUGUGCCUGCUACUUCAUCAUUGCAGUCGGAGCAUAUCUCUUUCCCACGCCAGAUCAUCGAGCCCCGCAUGACCGUCCUCCGGACUGA